CUCAUGGAGAUUUUGGCGAUUCCAGCUUGCUAAGAUCGGAUCAAACAGCCCGAGCAUCAGCAAAAUGGCCGGUGUCCAAGAAGUAUUCCGUGGCGACGUCCGGCGACAGCACGCGCGUCGGGUGCUAGUCUUCCCGCUGCCGUUCCAGGGCCACAUCAACCCGAUGCUGCAGCUCGCCGACGUGCUCCACGGCCGAGGCCUCGCCGUCACCGUCCUCCACACCCAGUUCAACGCGCUGGACCCCGCGCUCCACCCCGAGUUCACCUUCGUCGCCGUGCCCGACGGCAUCCCCGCCGACGUCGCCGCCUCGGGGAGCAUCAUCCCCAUCAUCCUCGCCAUGAACGCCGCCAUGGAGGCGUCGCUGGCCGUCCGCGAUGUGCUCGCGUCCGUCCUCGCGGACGACGGCCAGCCCCCCGCCGCGUGCCUGUUCAUCGACGCCAACCUCCUCGCCGUGCAGAAGGCCGCCUCGGCGCUCGGGCUCCCGACGAUGGUGCUGCGUACCGGCAGCGCCGCCUGCUUCAGCUGCUUCCUAGCCUAUCCCAUGCUCCACCACAACGGUUAUCUACCUCCAAAAGAAUCACAGCUCUACACACCGGUGAAAGAGCUGCCGCCGCUGCGUGUCAGGGACCUAUUCCGCACGAGCAGCAGAGACCACGAAAUGGUGCGCAAGGUUCUAGCCCGAGCCUCUGAAACCGUGAGGAACUCCUCCGGCCUCGUCGUCAACACGUCCGACGCUCUGGAGACCGCCGAGCUGGACAGGAUACGCCGCGAACUGGACGUGGCCUUCGUGCUCGCCGCCGGCCCGCUCCACAAGCUCUCCUCCCGGAGCACCGGGAGCAGCCUGCUGCGCGAGGACCGUAGCUGCAUGGAAUGGCUGGACAAGCAGGUCGCGGGGUCCGUGCUGUACGUGAGCUUCGGGAGCUUGGCAUCCAUGGAUGGCGUCGAGCUCUCGGAGGUCGCGUGGGGACUGGCCAACAGCGGCCACCCUUUUCUCUGGGUUGUCCGACGGGACCUCGUGCCGGGAUCGGACGGACCAGGCCUGCCGGAGGGGUUUGAUCGUGCGGUGGAGGGCAGAGGCAAGGUGAUCCCGUGGGCCCCGCAGCAGGAGGUGCUGGCCCACUUUGCAGUGGGUGGGUUCUGGACCCACAACGGCUGGAACUCGACAUUGGAGAGCAUCAGCGAGGGUCUCCCAAUGAUCUGCAUGCCUCACUUUGCGGAUCAAAUGAUGAACACAAGAUAUGUGGAGGCAGUAUGGGGUGUAGGGUUUGAGCUCGAGGGCAAGCCAGAGAGAAACAAAAUCACGGGGGCAAUUCAGAAGCUUAUGAAUGAGAGGGAAGGGGAAGUGGCUAGGAAAAAAGCAAGAGAACUUCAGAAAAACGUAGCGUCGUGCUUGGAAACUGGUGGGUCUUCUUUACUGGCUAUUGAUAAACUUGUCGAGCAUAUAUCGUCUUUGUAAUAUUUUGUGUUGUGUUGAUGUAUGAAAUAAUGUAUCUUCUUUACCGGCUAUUGAUAGACUUAUCAAGCAUAUAUCGUCUUUGUAAUAUGUUGUGUUGUGUUGAUGUAUGAAAUACUGUAUCUUCUUUACCGGCUAUUGAUAGA